AUGACGAGGAUUUGGGCAGCUUGCAAAGUGCUGAAGGCUUUGAAAGGCAGACUGGAGGUUUGCAGUGUGCCUGCUGAUCGCUGGAGUUUCUCAAGGGCUGGGACCAGGCUGCUGAGCAUCAAGGUGCAGACAGCCAGCUUGGUGCUGGAGGAUGGGACGAAGAUGCAAGGCUUCUCCUUUGGCCAUCCAUCCUCUGUGGCAGGGGAGGUCGUGUUCAACACUGGGCUGUGUGGGUACAUCGAAGCCUUGACAGAUCCCAGCUACAAAGGACAGAUCCUUACAUUGGCUAACCCCAUAGUUGGGAAUGGUGGAGUGCCUGACACAGCUGCUUUGGAUGAAAUGGGCCUCAGGAGGUUCCUGGAGUCUGAUGGGAUCAAGGUUUCAGGUCUGCUGGUGCUGGACUACAGCAGUGAGUGCAGUCACUGGCAGGCUGUCAGGAGCCUGGGAGAGUGGCUGCAGGAAGAGCAGGUGCCUGCACUCUAUGGGAUUGAUACCAGAAUGCUGUCCAAAUUAAUUCGUGGCAAGGGCACCCUCCUUGGGAAGAUUGAAUUUGAAGGUCAGCCUGUGGAGUUUGCAGACCCAAACAAGCAAAACUUGAUUGCAGAAGUUUCAACCAAGGAAGUCAAGGUGUACGGCAGAGGCAAUCCAGUGAAAGUUGUAGCUGUGGACUGUGGGCUGAAGCACAACGUCGUCCGGCUGCUUCUGAAGCGAGGUGCAGAGGUGCACUUGGUUCCAUGGGACCAUGAUUUCACCAGCAUGGACUAUGAUGGGCUUGUCAUUUCUGGAGGGCCGGGGGAUCCCAUGAAGGCCCAGGAGGCGAUCCAGAAUGUCAGAAAGGUUCUGGAGAGCAAGCGCCCGGAGCCCUUGUUUGGAAUUAGCAUGGGGAAUCUGAUCACUGGGAUAGCAGCUGGAGCCACUGCCUACAAGAUGCAGACGGCCAACAGGGGACAGAACCAGCCUGUCCUGAAUGCAGUGAAUGGCCAGGCUGCUAUCACUGCUCAGAACCAUGGCUAUGCCAUUGACAGCUCUACCCUCCCACCAGGCUGGAAACCUCUCUUUGUGAAUGCCAAUGAUCAGUCAAACGAGGGCAUUAUGCACGAGACCAGACCGAUUUUCACAGCACAGUUCUACCCAGAUGCCAACCCUGGGCCAAGGGACACAGAGUUCCUGUUUGACUCAUUCAUUUCACUUAUUAAGAGAGGGAAAGGCACCACCAUCUCCUCAGUCCUGCCCAAGGCUGCAGGGGCAGCAUCGAGAGUGGAGGUCUCCAAAGUCCUCAUUCUGGGAUCUGGGGGUCUUUCAAUUGGUCAGGCAGGGGAAUUUGAUUACUCUGGAUCCCAGGCUGUGAAAGCCAUGAAGGAGGAAAAUGUGAAAACUGUCCUGAUGAAUCCAAACAUUGCUUCAGUGCAGACCAAUGAGACUGGCCUCAAGCAGGCUGAUGCUGUCUACUUCCUGCCCAUCACUCCCCAGUUUGUCACGGAGGUCAUCAAGGCAGAGCGUCCUGAUGGGUUAAUUCUGGGCAUGGGAGGCCAGACUGCUCUCAACUGUGGCGUGGAACUCUUCAAGCAAGGAGUUCUGCAGAAGUAUGGUGUGAAGGUGCUGGGUACCUCAGUUGAGUCCAUCAUGGCCACAGAGGACAGAAAGCUUUUCUCUGGCAAACUGAGGGAGCUGGAUGAAAAGAUAGCUCCUAGCUGUGCGGUGGAAUCGAUUGAAGAUGCUCUGAAGGCAGCUGAAAAGAUCAACUACCCAGUCAUGAUACGUUCUGGUUAUGCCCUUGGUGGUCUGGGCUCAGGCAUAUGUCCUGAUCAGGAAAGUCUGCUGGACCUGGGUACCAAGGCAUUUGCAAUGACUAAGCAAGUCCUGGUGGAAAAGUCACUUGUGGGCUGGAAGGAGAUAGAGUAUGAGGUGGUGAGAGAUGCUGCUGACAACUGCAUUGCUGUCUGCAACAUGGAAAACAUCGAUGCUAUGGGAGUGCACACAGGAGAUUCUGUUGUAGUGGCUCCAAGCCAGACACUCACUAAUGAGGAAUUUCAGAUGCUGAGGGAUCGUGCCAUCAAAGUUGUCCGGCAUUUGGGCAUCGUGGGAGAGUGUAACAUCCAGUUUGCUCUGCACCCAACUUCCCUGGAGUACUACAUCAUUGAAGUCAAUGCCAGGCUCUCCAGAAGUUCAGCUUUGGCCUCCAAGGCUACAGGGUAUCCCCUGGCAUUCAUUGCUGCCAAAAUUGCCUUGGGCAUCCCCUUGCCAGAGAUCAAGAAUGUGAUGACAGGAAACACCUCUGCCUGCUUUGAGCCCAGCCUGGAUUAUGUUGUUACCAAGGUGCCCCGCUGGGACCUGGACCGUUUCCCCCACGUCUCCAACCGCAUCGGGAGCUCCAUGAAGAGUGUGGGAGAGGUCAUGGCCAUCGGGCGCACGUUCGAAGAGAGCUUCCAAAAGGCCCUGAGGAUGUGCCACCCAUCUGUGGAUGGCUUCACUUCACACCUGCCCAUGAAUAAAGCCUGGCCAGCUGCUCUAGAUCUCCAGAAGGAACUCUCUGAGCCAUCCAGCACACGAAUAUAUGCAACAGCCAAGGCCUUGGAUAACGAAGUCCCAGUGGAUGUCAUUCACAAACUCACAGCCAUCGACAAAUGGUUCCUGGGGAAGAUGCACAACAUUGUCACCAUGGAGAAGAUCCUGAAGGAAGUGAACAGUGCAAGCAUCCCAGAGGAGACCCUGAGGAGGGCCAAGCAGCUGGGCUUCUCAGACAGCCAGCUUGGGAAGUGCCUGGGGCUAACUCAAGCCCAGUGCCGGCAGCUGAGAGUGCAGAUGAACAUAACGCCCUGGGUGAAGCAGAUUGACACCCUGGCAGCAGAGUACCCUGCGGUCACUAAUUACCUCUACACCACCUACAGCGGGCAGGAACAUGAUGUAAAAUUUGAUGACUCUGGAGUGAUGGUGUUGGGCUGUGGACCAUAUCACAUAGGCAGCAGCGUGGAGUUUGACUGGUGUGCUGUGUCCAGCAUCCGUACGCUGCGUCAGCUCGGCAGCAGGACCGUCGUCGUGAACUGCAACCCCGAGACGGUGAGCACGGACUUUGAUGAGUGUGACAGACUGUACUUUGAGGAGCUGUCCUUGGAAAGGAUCCUGGACAUCUACCAGCAUGAGGGAUGCAGCGGCUGCAUUGUUUCUGUAGGUGGGCAGAUUCCCAAUAACUUGGCAGUGCCACUGCAGCAGAGUGGAGUGAAGGUGCUUGGCACAGAUCCUUGGCAUAUUGACUGGGCUGAAGAUCGCUCCGCCUUCUCCGCUCUUCUGGAUCAGCUGCACGUGGCCCAGGCUCCCUGGAAGGCAGUCAGCACACUGAGAGAUGCAGUUGAAUUUGCCAGCUCUGUGAGCUACCCAUGUUUGCUGAGGCCAUCCUACGUUCUGAGUGGGUCUGCAAUGAAUGUGGUGUUCACUGCAGAGGAAAUGAAGAAGUUUCUGGCAGAAGCCACCAGAGUCUCUCAGGAUCACCCUGUGGUGCUCACUAAAUUCAUUGAAGAUGCCCGUGAGGUGGAAAUGGAUGCUGUGGCCAAGGCAGGAAGAGUUAUUUCCCAUGCCAUUUCUGAGCACGUGGAGGAUGCAGGCGUCCACUCCGGUGAUGCCACCCUGCUGUUACCCACCCAGACUAUUAGCCAGGGAGCCUUGGAGAAGGUAAAAGCUGCUACAAAAAAGAUUGCAAAAGCCUUUGCCAUCUCUGGUCCCUUCAACAUCCAGUUCUUGGUGCGAGGCAAUGAUGUGCUGGUAAUCGAGUGCAACCUGCGUGCCUCACGCUCCUUCCCCUUUGUGUCCAAGACUCUGGGUGUGGACUUCAUCGAGCUGGCCACAAAAGUGAUGAUUGGGAAAGAGCUUAAUGAUUCAUCCCUCCCCACACUGGAACAUCCCAUCAUUCCAUCCAAAUAUGUUGGGAUUAAGGCCCCCAUGUUUUCUUGGCCACGGCUGAGAGACGCUGACCCUGUUCUCCGAUGCGAAAUGGCCUCGACUGGGGAGGUGGCCUGCUUCGCGGAGGAUGUGUACUCUGCCUUCCAGAAGGCUAUGCUGGCCACAGGGUUCACAUUCCCUAAGGAAGGGAUUUUGAUUGGAAUCCAGAAGUCCUUCCGCCCCAGGUUCCUCAGCGUGGCACAGACCCUGCACGAGGAAGGCUUCCAGCUGUAUGCCACAGAAACAACUUCAGAGUGGCUCAAUGCUAAUGGUAUUCCAGCAAUUCCUGUGGCAUGGCCAUCGAAGGAAAGCCAGAGUUUCAGCCUCCCUUCAGUCAGGAAGUUGCUAAAGGAGGGGAAAAUAGAGCUGGUGAUCAACCUGCCUGCCGGCGGCACCGAGUUCACCCACGACCACUACCUGAUCCGCAGGAUGGCUGUCGACAGUGGCACUGCUCUGCUCACCAACUUCCAGGUGACAAAGCUGUUUGCUGAAGCUGUCAGACACUGUGGGAAAUUGGACUCCAAGAGUCUCUUCCACUACAGAGAGUUUGACAACGGAAGACCUGCGUAG